AUAAUAUAGAUUGAUUUGCCCCUACUCGUGUUAUUCAGUUUGCGACUCGAGAGCUAACAUGACGAUGUUAAUAGCUAAGCUGUCUUGCACAACAGGAAGAGCACUGUAUCGAUCAUCACAAGCGCUAAGUAGCAUUGGCGGAAUACGUAUUGGUCGUCAAUUUGGUCGACAUGAGACACGACCAGCGUCGGGAUCCGCAUCAACUCGCGAACAGCGGCACGGUACUUCCGACGCAGCUCAACGAAACUAUGAAGCCAGAGUGGAUUUAGCCGCUGCGUAUCGUGGAAUAUGUAAUUACGGUCUCAGCGAAGGGGUCUGUAACCACUUAUCCGUCAAUGCACCGGCCAGCAAUGGUUCUGGACGUUUGAUGUUAUUAAUACCCCAUGGGCUACACUGGAAAGAGGUUACUGCGAGUAAAUUACUGGGUAUUGAUUUUGCCACUGGUGAAGUGCUUGAGGGCGAGGGUAGACCAGAAAAAUCAGCGUCUGAAAUCCACCGUGCUGUUCAUAACGAAAGACCCGAUAUACGAUGCGCUCUGCACACACAUCCACCAUAUACAACAGCAUUAAAUUUGUUGAAGGAACCAUAUCUAAGCUGUUCGCAACAACACUCUCUUCGUUUUUAUGAUAACAUCGCGUACGACAGUGAGUAUGAUGGUUAUGCUACAAGUGGGGAAGAAGGACCACGACUUGCCAGAGCGUUGGGUAAGAAAAGAAUUCUAAUGAUGGGUGGCCAUGGACUGAUGGUCGUAUCACAGACUGUAUCUAUGGCAUUUGACGAAACAUACUAUAUGGAGAGAGCUGCCAUGUUUCAGAUACUAGCAAUGUCCACUGGCAAGGAACUCCUCGAAAUCCCAGAGGAAAUAGCGAAAAGAACAAAAAUAGAAGCAGACGCCACUUUUCAGGCGUAUGCUGACGCCCACUUCAAUUCGAUCAAGCGUUUACUGCUUAGUGAAUCACCCGACUUUAUGUCCUAAACAAGGUGUAUGGAAUAUAUCGAAUUCGACGAUUACAUACAGAGAACACUGUGGCAAUAAAUAAGAAUAUAAACAAGUUUAACA